AUGUGCAACUGUACCAUCCUGGGAGAUUCGGACACCAAAGAAGCCAUCGUCGUAGAUCCCGGAGGCGAUGUGGACAAGAUUCUGGCCAAGCUGAAAUCUCAUGGCCUUUCUUGCAAGAGGAUCCUAAUUACGCACGGUCAUCUGGACCAUAUCAUUGGGGCAACGGAGUUGAAAAAGGCGACAGGUGCAAUGAUCCUGAUGAAUCAGAAUGACUUGUCCUUGUACCAAAAGGUGAAGGAGCAGUGUAGAGACUUCCGGAUUCCACCCCCGCCGGACGCCUUACUGCCUCCGGACGACUUCCUGUCGGAUGGCGAUGUGGUGCAGUGGGGUCCAGAGUUGACCGUGAAAUGCUUGCACUGUCCCGGGCAUACCCCCGGUUCCUUGUCCUAUUACUUCGAGCAGCAGAAGAUCGUGUGCCCCGGUGACACCUUGUUCCAGGGCUCUGUAGGCCGCACCAGCUGGGCUGGCAUCCCGUCGCUGCAGGGCACCAGCGACGCUCAGAUGAUCAUCGGAAGUAUCAAGGCAAAGCUCCUGACGCUGGACGGUGAUGUGCGAGUGAUCUCGGGCCAUGGGCCGGAGACGACCAUUGGUCUGGAGAAGGCCACGAAUAUGUUUCUGAGGAUGUAG